GCUCCUCUGGACAAAACCCCACAUAGAGGGUCCAUCACGGACAGGGCCCACUGCCCAGGGGCGCGCACAGAGCUCCCUUUCUUUAAGAAAAGUCAAAGGGGAAUUCCUUAAGUUGGAUGCUGCGGUGAUGAGAAGCCUUUUCAUCCGGCUGUUUUUCAGAGCCUCCACUGGCUGCGUUAAUUACAGGGCCCGGGGCUGCACUUUGAGCUCACUGCGCUCAUGCAGGCUCUUGAGAAAAAGCCGCGCGUCUGAUUCUCACGACACAUAAAAACAAACUACACACACACACACACACACACACACACAUUCAAAUAGACGCGCACACGAAUGCUCGCGCCCGCCUGAACCAGCGGAACCAGUCAGCCAGCUGCAGCUCGGGGACAUUCCUGUCUUGUCUUCUGCAACUUCAGCCCGCAGACAGACACCAGUAGGGACGGACACCGUUGGAGGACAUGAGCUGUGUUUUUUAAAAGGAAUUUUCUCAGCAAGACUUGCGAGGAUGCGGAGCGCCAUUCCUCCAGCUCGACCUCAUUGAAACUUUUCACGAGAAACACAAAGCAGCGCAGAGGAAGGCGCAGGACCCCGCAGCCUGUCUGUCGGUCACCGGAGACGAUGUGAGACUAGAUCCACUUCGGCACGGGAACACCAUGGCUGUGGACGCGGCAUCCAGUUUCAGUUUCUGCCGACCGGCCGUGGAGUAUAGAGCGCUGCCUGAGGACUUCAAGCACCAGCUGAGUCGACGGACAGGUGGGAAUCUAACCUGGCAUGACGGGCGUGGGCAGAAAACAGCAGGAGGCAGGAGAGUGAAGUUGCUGCAGCAACCGGGGACAGAAGCCCUGCAGGUACUGAACACCUACAGGACAUCAACAUUACCGUUCCAGGACAACUACGGGAUAUAUCACACAAGCCCGACACAGCCCAGCCUGAUACGCCCCGUCGUGCUCUGGUCGCAACAAGAUGUUUGUAAAUGGCUGAAGAAACAUUGUCCACACAACUACCUUACCUACGUGGAGGCGUUUUCGCACCACGCCAUCACAGGCCGUGCGUUGUUGCGUCUGAACGGAGAGAAGCUGGAGAGGAUGGGACUUGUGCAAGAAACACUUAGGCAAGAGUUGCUCCAACAGGUGCUACAGCUUCAGGUGCAGGAGGAGGGACGCAACCUGCAGCUGCUCAGCAGAGGGGAGGGUUCCUUUGGUAAAAUAUCAUAGCAAGGUUGCUGGGACAAGUGGACUCUGAGGAAUUAUUGGAUAUUUACUCAAAUGUCAAACAGAUCGCUGGGAUAAAUACAUCCAGUGAGCAGCGAUAUCCAGACUCAUGCUGUCGCGUGGAAGUUGGCAGCUUUUCAUUCCUUAUCUGCAGGAUGAACAGACAUAAUCACUACGGACUGACUAUGAACUGUGAUGAAGAAGCUCCAUGACAAUCUGUUUUGUUAUCGCUUAAUUCUGUGUAACUAUUAUGAACAUUUUAUCUU